UCAACACUCUCCUCCUCCCGCCUCUCUCUCAACCGCCACGGACGGAGCUUCAGUCACCGGACUCCACCGGUUCUCUCCGAUCUCUCGGCCUCGCAUCCUUUCCUGGUGAGAUCAUAGCCUCCUCUCGAACCCCAAUUCCUUUACAGGAAGCAUUGGAUCAGGUCUUCUCUCGAGGACACGAGGGGUCAUGGAUUCUGAAGAUUGCCCCGGUUUAGGAGGGCGGCCUGAGGAUGAGGGGGCUGUGGAUUCGGAGAUGACCCAUUUGGUUCCUGAAGAUGGACAGCAAGUCGAAGCUUCGGGAAGCAGCGCCAAGGGUCGAGGUAAUUCUUCUUCUGGAAGUGCUGGCGUUCUCACCGUGGAUGGGCCGGUUGUGAUUCGCACCAAGUUAUCCGAGCCUUACUUUCUUUUCAAGAGGGUCUUGACGGAGAGGAUUUUGAAAGAGGAGUUGGGUAAGAACGGUGGUAAGCUUAUAGUCAUGGCGGUGCACGCGGUUAUGCAGGAAUCCGGUUUCGUUGCGCUUGAUCCGCCAGCGACCGGAAUGCCUGCUGCUGAUCGGUUAUGCAGGAAUCCGGUUUCGUUGCGGUAUAGUCUGCCUGAGCUUGUGGCUAGGAGCCAGGGUCUGAACAUGCCCGAGAGUGUAACUUUGACGUUUCAGAGCCCAGGUCAUUUCAUCACUGUCUACGGAUCUUUGGCUAAUGCCAACUUGGGUUUGCCUAGCGUCUUGGCGGGUUUGCCCAGGGUCUGUUGUUUGGAUAUGCGCAGCUUUGCUCCUGCUGUCGAGUUGAUGCGGAUGUGGGCGAAAGGCGAUGACAAUAAUGAUAUGGAAGCGGAUGAUAAUGGUGGCUUUUGGAGUUCAUAUCCCGUAAAAAGAAUGUUCGAGUUCUGGAGGAUUGUGAAAGAUUACUUGGCAUUGCCGCUGUUACUAGACCUAACCGAAAGUGUUGGUUUGUCGCUCCCGUCUUAUUUCACGUACGUUCCCACGGAACUGAAGCUCAAGAUUUUCGAAUCGCUCUCUGGCAUUGACCUAGCAAGGGUAGGGUGUGUGUGUUCGGAACUUCGGUAUUUGACAUCCAGUAAUGACUUGUGGAAGCAGAAGUACAUGGAUGAGUUUAAAAAGAAGACGACAGAAAGCCAAGGGAUGAUCGAUUGGAAGCAGCGUUUCGCACGGUCGUGGAAGAAGCGAAGAGGGGGAUACUCAGAUAGUCACAGACGCCAUCUUCGGAGGCGAACAAGAAGAGCAGACCGAGAAGCUCAGAGGUGAAAAAGAAGAGAAGACGCUCAGUUGGUCGCAGACGCCUUUGCCAGUGAACUGGCAAGGUUACGAAGGCUUCAUGGUCUCCAGAAUUAUAGUCAAUGAUAAUGGAUCGCUUAUCUGGUCCUGUGUUCCACCUCUCUUCAGACAGCCAUUUCGUGAAGCUCAACUCUUGCCGAAAGAUUUGAAUAGAUCUCGAAGACUGUCGCGCAAUGGCUGCUGAGAUAUUGUGGCACUGGACGUGUAUAUGAAAUGAUUGCUAUAAAGAUAGAAUUGGGUGCUUAGCACUUAGCACGAUGAGGAUGUGUUCUACUGCCAAUUUAGUUUUACAGAAGUCUCGCUUUCCAUGUUACCAAUACCGACUACUCCGUUGUACAUGAAGUUGUGUGUUCUUGACAACUACUUGCUUGUUUCAAUAAAAGUUGAUUAGAGGUUCUCUUGGCAGAAUAAAGUUGAUUAAAGCUUUGCCUUUCCCGGCCAUGAAGUUAAUUAAAGCUGACUUGAUUUCAUUCUUAAGAGGCGCUUGAUUGCAUCGUACGAUUCAUGUCAUAUUAUCGACCUAAUGGAUUAAAAUCGGUAUUACCAUGCGUACAUAGCUUGCGCUUACGGCCGAAAUUUAGACAUCAGAGACCAGUGGUGCUAUCUGGUGGUAUGAUGUUGCACAUUUACGUGAUUAGAUGUAAGUAUAUACAAGAAACAAACUGAGCAGCCUGCUUCAUCCGGGACAUAUAACCAAUUGAACACAGCAAUAUGAGUGGCAAUUACAUCUUUCAAGCAAUUGCAUGAAGAUAACAAGCCAACCGGCAACCAACACAAGAGCAUCGAAGGUUACGUGUAGCAAGUUGCAACAGAGAUCUUCGAUGAAUUGCCUCGAGCGACUGACAUUUUCUGCUUCAAAUUAAUUCGAGGAGCUGUUUGGGAUAUUCUUCCGUCGUCUUCGAGAAGCACAAAUGGAUCAAUGUACUGGGGUGGGAACACUUGCGCUUGGCUGGAACUGUCAAUAUGGGUCGCUAACCCAUAUUUUAACCCAUAUUUAUUUAAGUGGCUCAUAAAUGAUCAGCUCAAAAAGUCCAAAAGAAGUGAGUCUAAAUGGAUAUGUUAUUGAAACCCACUUUCGAUCCACGUGAUGGUGGAUUUCCAUUUUUCUUUGAACUUUUAUUUUGGUGUUGUUCUAUAUUUCGUAUAAACAAAGAGAAGUGAAAAAGGGCUUUGCCUUUAGAACAUGCCAAUUGAGUUUUUGGUCACGGAUGAGAUUGGUAGUACUUGGUUUCAAAGAGCAUGGCAGGUGAACGAG